ACAUGUCAAAUAUGUAAAUCAUAUAACAUAACACACGCAAGUGCACGGUAUUUUUCACUUUUCAUAUCUAGUCAUUCCAUUGGCUCGCAUAUGAAUUAAUUAUUGAAUAUCACACACACACACACACAUGCUAGCAAAAAAAAGUUAAGAAAAUAGAAAGACAUAAAAUAUGGAAAAGAAAUGAAAAUAAAUGAAAAAAUUAUAUAUUUCAUAUACGAUUUCUCGGAAUUACAAUCGUGGUUGAGAUCAUCCUAGUAGGUUAAAUUUGAUUAAUUUUGCAUUCACAAUGCUCAGUGGUUAGAGCAGUCACCCGGAUAGCGAAAGGUUGUGGAUUCGAUUCCCAUCUAAGGGUGCCAGGGACCAAGUGGAUUUUUUAAGCAUUUUGUAUUAAGAAUAUCAUCCUAGUAGGUAUACAGGAAUACCUGUUACGGGAGGUCCCGCUCGCCCUUAACAUACAAUGACAAGAAGCUUGUAAUAUAAACAUAAAUUUAACAUGUUAUGGAAUAAUAGUAGAAUAUAGUAAAAAUAUCUAAUUAACAAUUCUUUUCUUUUUAUUAUUAUUUUUUUUUAUUAUGUUAUAUAAAUUAAUAUAUGCUAUUACAAAAUCUUUCAAUAUACAUUUAGAAAUGAGCCAUUGUACUGUUGAUUCUUUGCAUUGUUUUAACUUUAACUGUUUUCAUUAAAAAAUUAUAUCAGCAACCUUAUAUUUUCUCUUAAUUUUCCUAAUGUUAAUAAUAUAUGGUAAAUAUUUAUGAAGUCAGAGUUACCGAAAUAAUGUAAUCAGUUAGAACUGAUAAUAUAUGAUAUAUAAUAGCUGACAAAAAUAAUUGAGUUCUUUUGUAGGGAAACCAAAUGGCUUAAAAAACAUUACUUUGAGAAGACAUCGCUGACUCCUCUCUAAUUCUAGAAACUUUGUCUCACAACAACAACACAACACAAUAUCUUCUAACCGAUAGACCCAAGGCGAUAUAAAUUUGUUUAAUGAGCCCUUUGGUAGGUGCAUGUCUAAGUUUCUUAAAAAUCCAUGUUAAAUCUCUCACUCUAUUGCUCAUUGAUUCAAUAUGUGAGUGCCGUAUAUAAUAUUAAAUCAUACACACGAUGCAAAAAGUGCUUUCUAAUAUUUGUCAAGAUUUCAGAUUGGCAGUUUCCUUACAAGGAGUCCCACCAUCCGGUUUGCGUGCACGGAGAACGCAAGCAUGCUUCAGUGAAACUGCGACAUUGCGAUCCUGGCGUAGUUCCAGGAACAGAAGAUUAUCAUUAUGUUGAGGCUGCCAACUGCCGGUGCCAGGUCUGUUCAUCUGAAGAUACGAGUUGCGAAUGGCUUCCACCAGAUUCUUCUCUUCUUGGCGGUUUAAUAUUGAAAGAAGAAAUAGAAGAAGAAUUUUCCGAAUGAUCGUUCUAAAUCAAAUACGAUUCAUCUAUCGACCGACACCAGUACGUUAUUAUUAAAGCAUAAUGCUAAAUUAAAAUACCUAAUCCUAAUGUACAUUCCUCACAUGUUGCAAGAUUUAAAUACUUAUUUAACUAAGUUUGUGACGUUUAUUUUCUAUUUUAUUAGUUUAAAUAUUAAAAUUUGUUAAACUAAAUAAACUUUAAAAAUACUUUAAUUGAAUGACCUUCCUAAUGGGCUUAUUUCUGAAAUUAAGAGACGAAAACAGAAACGAACGAAACGAAAACAUACAAACAAACUCCACACU